UUCGCAAAGCGGAUGGGGUGAAACAACAGCAGGCAGUAGUCAUGGGAUUCCUGUGGAGUCUCCUUUGGGCAGCUCUUUUAAUUAAUCAGGCUGUGGGAGAAUAUGGCAUGGCACAUUUCAGUGAGUUGGGAAAGAGCAAAGGGAAAGAUUACUGCAUAUUCUUCAACUCCAAAUGGGCUCAUCUGCCUCAAGACCUCAAUAAAGCAUCACGACUACAGACCUAUGACCUGACCGCAUCUGUGCUAUGUUCUGCAUCUGACGUGCCAAAGGGCGGUUUCCCGAAUCGCAUUGCCAUGGUGCUGCGUGGUAACUGCACUUUCUAUGAGAAAGUCCGCUUGGCUCAGAUCAACGGCGCCAAGGGUCUCCUCAUUGUCAGCAAGGAGCGUCUGAUCCCACCCUUUGGCAAUAAGACCCAGUAUGAGGAGAUCGAUAUCCCAGUUGCCCUGCUCAGCUACUCCGACCUCCUGGACAUCACUAAGAGUUUUGGAGAGAAGAGGCAAGUCGCCAUGUAUGCCCCCAGUGAGCCGGUAGUGGACUAUAACAUGGUGAUCAUCUUCCUGAUGGCGGUGGGCACAGUGGCAGUGGGAGGAUACUGGGCUGGAAGCAGAGACAUAAAGAAACGCUAUAUGAAGCACAAACGGGAUGACGGUGUGGAGAAACAGGACGAGGAGACGGUGGAUGUGACACCCAUCAUGAUCGCUGUGUUCGUUGUGAUGUGCUGCUCCAUGCUGGUGCUGCUCUAUCUCUUCUAUGAUCACCUUGUGUAUAUGAUUAUUGUCAUCUUCUGCUUGGCCUCCUCUGUGGGCCUGUACAGCUGCCUCUGGCCUUUUGUUCGGAGAGUCCCAUUUGGGAAGUGCAGGAUUCCUGAGAACAACCUACCAUACUGUCACAAGCGGCCACAGGUGCGGAUGCUGCUGCUGUCUGCGUUGUGUGUGGCUGUGAGCAUCACAUGGGGUGUGUUCCGGAAUGAGGACCAGUGGGCUUGGGUGCUUCAGGAUGCUCUAGGGAUUGCAUUCUGUAUCUACAUGCUGAAAACAAUCAGAUUGCCCACUUUUAAAGCUUGCACUUUACUCCUUGUUGUCCUCUUCAUCUACGAUGUUUUCUUUGUGUUUAUAACCCCGUAUUUCACAAAGAGUGGGGAGAGCAUCAUGGUAGAAGUAGCAGCAGGACCAUCUGGUUCUUCUACACAUGAGAAGCUGCCCAUGGUGUUGAAGGUUCCGCGUCUGAACUUUUCUCCGCUAUCGCUGUGUGACCGGCCGUUCUCCCUGCUGGGCUUUGGGGACAUUCUGGUACCAGGUCUGCUUGUAGCGUAUUGUCACAGGUUUGAUAUUCUCAUGCAGUCCUCACGGAUCUACUUCCUGGCCUGCACUGUUGGUUAUGGUGUUGGUCUGCUCAUCACCUUUGUGGCGCUGGCCCUGAUGGAGAUGGGCCAGCCUGCUCUGCUGUACCUGGUGCCUUGCACUCUCCUCACCAGCCUGACUGUGGCGCUGUGGCGCAGGGAGCUGCCUCUAUUCUGGACUGGGAGUGGAUUUGUGCCCCCUCCUAUUGUCAUGGCACCAAUCAACUGCACUCAGACACCAGGACCACCUACAGCUGAGACCAUAGUCAAUCCUGAGCCACAAAUCUCUGACACGUCCAGUCAGUGUGAAGAACCUGCACAAUCAGCCCCAGAGAAUGUUCCUCAUCUUGCAGAAGAUGCAGCCUGUAAAUCAGACUAAGGAACUGACAGUGGCGACAGUUUUUCAUGUUUUUCUUUUUUUUUAAUUUUUUAAAGUCAGUUACAAAUCUGACAUUUUACAUGAUGGACUAGUAUUCAUCUCGGUGCAUGUGACUGAUGGCAAGAGAAUGAGAACUCAGAUGCACUUGUUUUUAAUCUCUGCAAUCACAGAAUAGUCUGGUUUAAAAAAACAGCAAGUCAAGAUCCUUGUAGCACACCAUCAUAGUGGACAGAUGAAGGUUGGCUCAGCAGCUUCUACAAGGAUAUCAGCAACAUUAUUUUUGGGGACUUUAGCAAUGAUCUUUAAAACCGUGAUGUGUGGAAAAAAGUGCAGCUAGACAUUCUCCAACAAAUGUCAGGAAUCCAGCACAGCUCAACAAGACUCUUCACGAACAACAGUCAGGCUUGGUCCUGUCUAGACUCGUGCACUGAUGUCCCUUACCCUUUAAAAAUAUGGUGCUAUGCAGGACUGAGAGAACCAAAAGUAUAAAGCUAUUGAUGCAUUACUCUUUUCUGUACCUCUGAACGCUUGAGGUUUGCGUGAUGCGUAUGGAUUAUGGGUUGGUAUACACUUCAUAUGUAACAGAAGUAAUGAUACUAAAUUAAAGGCCCCAUGGUUCAGAAUCUGCCUUAUUGUGCUUGGGUUUUGGCCUUGUGUUGGAUUGUAUACAGCUUAGCGGAAAGCAAGUACAGUAUGUAAAAUUCACGCCUUAAACUGUUGAGCUUGAUUUUCAAGAUGUCUGAUAUCCAGUGAUCUCAUAACAAAACUACAGUAUGUAUGCUUUUGACACUAGUGAUAAUUUAUUGUUUAUAUUUUAGGUAAUGUAGAUAAUUUGUAGUAGGUACUUUUUAAAAAUUUUGUGCAAUGGCCAGGUAUUAGACCUGUUUACUAUUUUAUGGUUUAUAGACAAGAACUCUUAGUAUGCAACACUUUUUUUAAAUUACCCAUUUAAUUUUUUUAGAUAAACUCAUUGUCUUACUGGGUUGCUGGUAUAUGAAUGGGUGUGAUCAGGUCAUUCUGAUUAUUAUUUAUCUUCAUUCAGUUUUUCGUCUCAUCUAUUUUUGUUUUGUAUUUUUAGGCAGUGAGUGUAGAAUUGUUUGCAUUAUUACUGGCACACAAUAUAGGUAACCUAUAUGAAAGCCCUGUAGACUUGUUUAAAGAAUGCGCACAAUAAAGGAACAAUACCUUUAA